UAAAAAGGCUCAUUCUAUCUACUUGUAUUUUCUGAUUUUCCGAGUUAGAAACAACUUUAUUCAACACUAUCAUAAUGCCUAUCUGACGACAAUGGACGACAGAGGUAGGCUGAAUAAUCAGAUGUUGACAGAUUCUAUAACGCCUGACAAGUAUUCGAGGGGAAUUAGAAACACUCUUGUGGCAUCGUGUACAUGAACCAAAGGUCCUUUUGACGCCUAUAUUCCAGUCGUCGUAUUGGGCCUUAGAGAUGAAAAUUAUGGCGAUUAUGCUAUGCUUAUACAUUGCCUAUCGAUCUCUGACAAUUCUUGUAUGCCUAUCGGGGUCUAUUAAUGGGACAAGCCAUCAGUCGGUGUUCAUCCUGCUAUGUGUCAGCAUCUCAACUUAGACUUUGACGGUGAUGAAGUUCAUAUCUCAGUCGUAUUAUCUGAAGCUACAAUUGAAGAGAUAAAGCCUCUGAUGCACAAGAAUUCACUGUUUAACAAAUUCCUUGAUGAAGCAGUAUUGGAUAUCACAUCUGAAAUGACAACAAAUAUAGGUAAAAGAACCGAGGCUGAAAGGCUACUCCAUCGUUAUGAGCAAUUCUUCCAUAGAUAGAUCAGUUGCUAUGAGAGAAAAUUUAUUGAGGAAAGGAUGUUACAAAUAUAUUCAUCUUCUACCAUACUCACCAUUUCUUAAUUUUAUUGAAGAGGUUUGACUAAUGGUUAAAAUAUGAUGCCAAAAGACAACCUUUUGAUGGCAGAUCCAAAGUUGCAUUAAUAUACCCUAAGAAAUGAAAAAUACAAUAGCUCAUGCUUACUAAUGAAAUGUUUCGAGCUCGAAUAUGUUUGAUACUCGAGUCAUGUUUGUGAUUGCUGC